GAUGUGACCUGUACUGGGGAUGUGACCUGUACUGGGUGUGUGUCCUGUACUGGGUGUGUGUCCUGUACUGGGUGUGUCUCCUGUACUGGGGAUGUGACCUGUACUGGGUGUGUCUCCUGUACUGGGGGUGUGACCUGCUGGGCAGUUGGUCAAAUUCACACUAGAUUGCAGCUCUAAGAAUUAAAGGCAGACACACAGUUUCCCCUCUGUGUUUAGGACCUGGCUCUACAUGGCAGAACAGAAAGCAGUUGGCAGAAAAAGGCUAGACACCGCCUUUGCAAAAUCGAGAUUGAACCCACGAUUCUUUUCACGGCCGGCAGCCUUUCCUCGACGUUUUAAUACACUCCGCGCUACCGCCGGGGACACAGUCGACCCGGCCUGUUGCCUCUCACCUGAAAUCAGUGCAGGGGCCAGAGAGAUCAGGUGGUUUAAGGGGACAGACUGCGUUAAAGUGUCCCCGAUUACUGUGGAAAGUGGCUCGAAAGGCAGAGUGGCAUUUGAUAAUGUCUCUUUGACACUGGAUGAUGUAAAAGUCACCGAUUCUGGACAGUACAGGUGUGAAAUGCUGGGAGAGAAGAAAGAGGCACUCUUCAUUGUUCAUUUGCAUGUGUCAGAGUUUAGACUGGUGUCCAGAUCCGAAGAUGUUGGAGAGCCAUCUUUCAUUGCGGCUUACUGUGUAUACUGCAAGAGCUUUCCAGAUUUUGGACCUCAUGUUUUCUGUGGUCAUGAUGUCACUCUGCCCUGCUACCUCUCUCCUGAAACCAGUGCUGUUGCCAUGGAGAUCAGCUGGUUUAAAGGGACAGACUGCAUUUACCUGUACCUGAAUGGUCAGGUGACGGUGGGGAGGGGCUACGAGGGCAGAGUGAGCAUGUUAACUGAGGAUCUGCAGAGAGGAAACGUGUCUCUGAGUCUGCGAGAUGUUCACAGGUCAGAUUACGGAGAGUACUGGUGUGAGGUCACUCAUGGAGGACAAACCAUGCAAAACGAUGGAGUUCAUUUGAAAGCGUUUAAAUUGUCCUCCCAUCCAAAGCGAAGUUUCUCAGAUUCUGUUCCUCAGGUUCGUACUGUCCAUGCCUGGGCUGGUGAUGAUGUCACUCUGCCCAGCUUACUCUUUCCUGAAACCAGCGCCGUUUCCAUGGAGAUCAGGUGGUUUAAAGGGACAGACUGCAUUUACCUGUACCAGAACGGUCAGGUGACAAAGGGGAGGGGCUACGAGGGCAGAGUGAGCAUGUUCACUGACGAGCUGGAGUACGGAAACGUAUCUCUGAAGCUGGAAGAUGUCCAAGACUCAGAUGGAGGAGAAUACAGAUGUGAGGUCGCUUGUGGAAAAGACAAGUUGGAAAACAACUUUCACCUGCAUGUAUCAGAGUUAAAGCUGGUCUACAGAUCUGAAGAUGUUGGGAAAACCUUUGAAUCCCUCUUGAUUCGUUUCGAGAAUAAACAGACUGUUCUUCCGCUUCACGAGACCCUGGCCUUUCUCGGUCAUGAUGUCACUCUGCCCUGUUACCUCUCUCCUGAAACCAGUGCUGUUGCCAUGGAGAUCAGGUGGUUUAAAGGGACAGACUGCAUUUACCUGUACCUGAAUGGUCAGGUGACAGAGGGGAGGGGCUACGAGGGCAGAGUGGACAUGCUGACCCACCAACUGCAGAAAGGAAACGUGUCUCUGAACCUGAGUGAUGUCCAGUGGUCAGAUGAUGGAGAGUACAGAUGUGAGGUCACUUGUGGAGAAAAAAUGGUGGAUGCUUCAUUUUACAUUAGUGUUAUUGAGCUUCAGGCGGGACGUGUUCGUGUUGAAACACAAGAAGAGCGAAAAAGACGUGCGAGUGAUUCGAGUGACCAUCGGCCCAAAGAGCCAGAAAAGCCAGGGAGAAGGUGGAGUUAUGAAAUGCUUCCUCCAGAGUUGUGAGGGGAGGAACAACAGGAGAAUCCACCAAAGAAGAGCGAGAGGAUGAGGGAUGAGGGAUGAGUGGAGGAGAGAAAGAGAGAAGAAGAGAUUAAGAAUCUAUUAGCAUCUAUCUAUUAGUGUUACGACCCCGCGUUUUGUCUGGACUGCUGUGGGAUCAGUGACGUGGCACUAACGCUGACCUGGUGAUGAUGGAAACCGGGUGUGCUAGGACACUUCAUGCAACACUAGAAGAGUCAAUCUGUGGACGGCGCCAAAGAAAAGAGCAAAACAAACCCAGCCGCGCUCGCUUGCACCGAAACAAAGCAUAGCCCUAAUCCAGAAAAGGAAACAAGCUCACUACUCUAAACUUCCCUGGCCGGGAAUCAACCGUGCCCUCUGGCCUAGAGGACCUUCUACAUGCUGAGGACGUAUAGGCACACCCCUCUUACCUGUCUGAAACCCCAGGUGGUACAACCAUACGGUGGCCAAGGAGACCCAACAAGCUACAAAUAAACAGGCUGCAAAACACAAGCACUUAUCAUAACGACGGCACAGCGAAAAUACUGAAACACCCGCAACUUCAGAAACGCAGAUAAGCCAGGACACUCCGAGAGGGCGGAGCCAUUCGGACUUAAAUUCUGAGCACAAACACUCGGCACGGGACGUGUUCGUGUUGAAACACAAGAAGAGCGAAAAAGACGUGCGAGUGAUUCGAGUGACCAUCGGCCCAAAGAGCCAGAAAAGCCAGGGAGAAGGUGGAGUUAUGAAAUGCUUCCUCCAGAGUUGUGAGGGGAGGAACAACAGGAGAAUCCACCAAAGAAGAGCGAGAGGAUGAGGGAUGAGGGAUGAGUGGAGGAGAGAAAGAGAGAAGAAGAGAUUAAGAAUCUAUUAGCAUCUAUCUAUUAGUGUUACGACCCCGCGUUUUGUCUGGACUGCUGUGGGAUCAGUGACGUGGCACUAACGCUGACCUGGUGAUGAUGGAAACCGGGUGUGCUAGGACACUUCAUGCAACACUAGAAGAGUCAAUCUGUGGACGGCGCCAAAGAAAAGAGCAAAACAAACCCAGCCGCGCUCGCUUGCACCGAAACAAAGCAUAGCCCUAAUCCAGAAAAGGAAACAAGCUCACUACUCUAAACUUCCCUGGCCGGGAAUCAACCGUGCCCUCUGGCCUAGAGGACCUUCUACAUGCUGAGGACGUAUAGGCACACCCCUCUUACCUGUCUGAAACCCCAGGUGGUACAACCAUACGGUGGCCAAGGAGACCCAACAAGCUACAAAUAAACAGGCUGCAAAACACAAGCACUUAUCAUAACGACGGCACAGCGAAAAUACUGAAACACCCGCAACUUCAGAAACGCAGAUAAGCCAGGACACUCCGAGAGGGCGGAGCCAUUCGGACUUAAAUUCUGAGCACAAACACUCGGCAGUAAAAGUCGACUUUUAUUAGACUUCUGACGUCACUGUAUCGUCCUGGGAGUUCGCUGUAGAGAGUAACUAACACCAGCUAACACUAACCCUAACUAACUAACCCUAACCCUAACGACCACAGCAGUCACGACACGUCAGGGAGCGAAGUAGCCAGCCAGGUACACCAUGAACUGGGGAUGUGAGCAUCUGAGUGUCUGAUCUACUUCCGUCAGUGAUUUUCCAUCAUGGAUAUUCCAUCCCCUUUGAGUCUUCCAGAGACACAGUGUGGUCAGCAUCUGGUGUUUAACGGGCAAAUUUGUAGUCAUUACGAGUAACAUACUAUUCAUGCUUUACAUGUUGGAUAUUAAACACUGUUUUAAAGUAA